AUGGCUAAUACAAAUGGACAAGUGGUUGCUGGUGACUAUGGCCAAGAAAAUCGAUUACAUCAGUUGGAUCGUUUUUCAUAUGAAUCUACUGGUAAUGAUAAUGAAAAUGAUGGUAUUGUAAAAUUUAAAUUAGUUCAAUUGGAAAAAGAUUUAAGAAAUGAUGAUCUUGAUUUUCGACCUAAAUAUACUCCUCAAAUAUUUGUUCAAAAUAAAGCGUUUUUCCGAUAUUAUGGUGUACAAAUUCAUGUUUAUUAUUUAUCAGCAUCAAAUAAUUUUUAUUUAAAUAUUCAUUAUGACGAAAAAAUUAAUCUAAAAAGCGACCAACAAUUGGAACCUGAUGUUAUAAUUGCAUCAUUAAAUCAAUGGUUGCCAUCAACAACAACAACAACAAAUCUAGAAUUAUUUUUAUCGAAAUUAAAAACUGAAUAUAAAUAUCUACCAUUUGGUGAACAAUUAUUAGGCUAUGAAUUAGCAGGACAUGAAUCUUAUUUUAUUCAUCGUAUAAAUCUACAAAAUUUACCUAGUGAUUCAAAAUUCUUUGGUUGGUAUUAUCAUCUUCAAACAUUUCUUAUGUUUUUUAUCGAUAUCAUACCAUCUAUUAAUAAAAACAAUUUAAAUUCGAUUGUUUAUAUCAUUUAUCAACAAUAUAAAAAUGAUAAUGGUCAAAUAUCUUAUACACCUAUUGGAUUUACUACAGUUUAUCUAUAUUAUGCUUAUCCAGAUAAAAACCGACCACAAAUUUGUGAAAUGUUAAUUUUACCACCUUAUCAACGAAAAGAUCAUGGACGACGUUUUUUAACAGCAAUUUAUGAAGAUUUACGAACAAAUUCACGUGUUCAAGACAUUACAGCUGAAGAUCCAUCAGAUGAAUUUGUUGCAUUACGUGAUCUUGUUUCACUUGAAUUAUGUCAUAAAUAUUUACCAGAUUUAUUUUCUAAAGAAUCAAUACUUAAAACUGAUCGUGUAACAAAAGAAAUGAUUGAUAAAGCACGAGAAGUUUGUAAAUUAACUAAACAAGAAACACGACGUGUUCAUGAAAUGUGUCUUCUUCAAUCAAUUAAUCAUAAUGAUGAUAAACAAAUGAAACGAUUUCGUUUACUUGUUAAACAACGUCUUUUGGAAUUAUUAGAAUUUGAUCGGCAUAAUAAGAUUGAAUUGGUUGAUGAACAGAACCGAAAAAUUUAUAUAACUUAUCAAUAUGAAGUUGAUUUUGAACAUUAUAAGAACAUUCUUCAAUCAUAUUAUAAAUAUAUUACAUAA